AUGAGUCCUUCAUUCCAGCGCCAGAAUUUGCCCUCUGUUCUUAUUUGGAGGGCAGAAAACAAUGUCGAUUCAAAGGACAUAGGCUAUGUUCCAACUACAAAAGAUGUCGGUGUUGCGCGCAGUGAUAUCACCUCGAACUUAUCGGAGGUCGUCGACAACGGAGAAGAGGCCCAGCUCAAAUAUUCAUUUGCAAAAGCUGGUGCGGCCCACAAAGGGGGUUCUUCUUCGGUCGACCUUCUGAAGGGUAUUGACCCGAGGACCGACAACGCGCCUGAUGUCUAUGGCGACUUCAGCUCUCUCGACAUCCCCGACUACAACUCGGAGGGUCGCACUUCCUCUCCAGAUGAAAGCUUGGAUGAUCUGGUCCUACACGCACAGCAUCUGGAAGGCUUUGCACCAUUUUUGCCCUUCGAUAAGCUGGAUGCAUUGAUGGUCAAGAGUAGAGUAAAGAGACACCUGAAAAUCUCCAACAUUUCCUCCAGGUACCCCGAGACCAGACUGCAAGAAAUUACAGAUGCCAUUCUGGACAGGCACAAAGUACCAGAUCCUCGCGACUCUCCCGGCCAGUCCAAAAACCUGCGGCGGCCCAUGAGAGAAACGUGUCGGCGCAAGAUCUUCGCAAUCCUAGCAUCUAUAGGCAACGUAGGCGAUAUUGAACUUUUCAUUGGGCAUGGCAUAUACGACUGUCACCUUCCUCUAGCCAUCGACUAUUCGAAACACGUCAUCUCCUGGGAGAUCGGGGGAGUCCUGGAGCCCCUUCCUAUCAAACACUGGAAGGGAAGGGUUCUGGAAUCCUUCAAUCAUUAUCAAUGGAGGAUGACUGCUCCGUUUUUCGACAUUUCUGAUCAUAAGUGUCCUCACCUUAAGUUACGGAGCGAGACUAUACUACCAUUCCGCCGUGAUUUCAGUACCUCGAAGGCCUAUGGGGGUUCCGGAGAGAUCGAAAAGAUUGAGGUUCAUCCUGCGCAUCACAACUAUCCUCACGAGAAGGACGACCAAGGUCAAUAUUUCGCCCGAAAACGUCUUCAAAAAGGAACUGUUUCCCCGGAAAAGUAUGAAAAUGACUUCUGGAACGAGCGUAACAAUCUACUAAGGGUCCGCAAGAACCCAAACGUGAUCACAAUGCUGGCCAGCUAUGAAAAAGACGGGGAAUACAGCUUUCUGUUCCCUUGGGCCGACGGCGGCGACCUCAAAGCAUUCUGGAAAAACCACUCCGCGAAGUCACGACUGCGGGAUAAGGACAAAACACUUCCAUUAUGGCUCAUGAGACAAUUCCUCGCCAUUGCUAAAGGUGUGGAUGCCGUUCAUCAGCCAACGAGCGAUGAGGAGCCGUAUCUCCAGUUGCCAGGGAAGGUUAAGCUUGUAUAUGGCCGUCAUGGCGACCUCAAGCCUGGUAACAUUCUCUGCUUCAAGGGAAAAGGAGAUCCCUUUGGGAACUUCCAGAUCUCUGACUUUGGUCUGGCAGCUUGUCAUGGAACUCGGUCCAUACAGGAGACUGUUGGUCCUGACUUUGGUCUCACACCUUGCUACAGGUCCCCUGAGAUUAAAGUCAAUGGAUCUGUCAACCCAAGUUACGACGUAUGGCCGCUGGGUUGUGUGUUCCUUGAAUUCGUGGGAUGGUAUCUCCUUGGAUGGGAUCACGUUGACGAAUUUGCUGGAAAGAGGAUCAGUGACUCUGACGGGAGUGAGGUACAAGCGUAUCCUCGGGCUGAAAACUCGCCCACAGACACCAUUUGGCACGAUUCAUUCUUUGACGAGAAGGUGGGAACAGUGGAUGGACAGAAUGUCAGAACUGCGAGAAUGAAGCCCUCAGUAGCCCAGCGAGCGAAGUCACAACAGAUUGUCGAGUUCUUCGAGAAGCUGGCACAACUUUGCAAGCGCGACCCCUCCUACGGCAUCGUGAAAUCGAAGCUACCCAGACGAGCGGAUACAAACCUUUCGGAAAUCGACAACCGAUCCAUGAUCGAACAAUCAGGCGUUCAGAUCUCUCUUGACCAAGGCAUCCGUUCAGUCGCGAUCAAUAUGGCGGCACAGUCAAUCGCACAGGAUUCUAUAGGUGUUGCAGGCAUAUCGGCACCAGACUUGUCACGCAACGGCCCUCGAACUCCAACGGAGAGAGAGUUCGGCCUCACGCGUAUCGAUUUCCAACCCCCAGAGUUGCCAGAUUCACCUACAUUUGGUACCACCGACACAUUGGUUUGGGAUGACCGGCCAACCUCGGUACACAUUACACAGCAGACAACACCGACACCAUCACAGUCAGACAGCCUGGCGGACAGUUUAGCAGACAGCUUUACGUCUGCAGGACGAGUCACUGAUGACGCCGUUCUUUCAUCCCAGCCCAACCCUCAUAAGGCAAUGAGUUCGACGGGAAAUGGGUAUGGAACGAUGGGCCCCAUGAAGAAAACUGCGCUCGUCGAGCCUCCUUCCCACGAGGACGCCCCACGCUCUCCCUGGAAACGACUUUUCUGCUGUUGA